GCCGUUAAACCACAUCGAAGAAGAAGAUCCCGUCAUACAGAUGUGUUUAUACCAUUAAGAAUAAUACAUUGAACAAUUCUGCUUGCUCUCACAGGAUCUCAUAAUUUGCAUUUACAGCCAAACUAUUACAGAAAAGUUAACUGUUCAGCAAUCCCACGAAAGAUCCAUUUAUGAAAACCAUCCUGAACUAUUUGGGUCUCCGCUUUUAGAUCUACCCAGCCUACCAUGUCAGAGCCGGGGUCUGGCUGUGGUGUUCCGGCCCAGACAAGCUCACAACAGGGUCCAGAGGUGAUGACAGUGAAGCUGGAAGACUGCAGUCAAACACUGGAACUCAAUGUGAUUGUGAAAGAGGAGGAGGAGGAGGAGAGAGAAAUCAAGGAGGAAGAAAACGGUGACUCUGGAAAGAGCUCCAACCCAGGCUCAGACAGCAAGCCCAGUCCCACAGCAUCAGGAAAUCAUAAACAAUGCAGACAGAAGCACCAACCCUGCUGUAGCGACAGUUUUAUUUGUCCAACUCACCUCAAAUCACUCAAACAGACUCCCAAAAUAAAGAAGACAUACCUCUGCUCCCAAUGUGGGAAGAGUUUCAGUCGGACAGGAGACCUAAAGAGUCAUCAGAGAUCACACAGUAAAAAAAAGCCUUAUCACUGCGCUCAGUGUGGGGAGGGAUUCACUCAGCUUGGAAGUCUAAAAAGUCACCAGAGAAUACAUACAGGGGAGAAGCCUUACCACUGCUCCCAGUGUGGGAAGAGCUUUAAUCGUUCAGGAAACCUUACAGAACAUCAAAGAAUACAUACAGGGGAGAAGCCUCACCACUGCACCCAAUGUGGGAAGUGUUUCAGUCGGGCAGGAAUUCUAAAGACUCAUAAGAGAACUCACACAGGAGAGAAACCUUUCCACUGCUCUGCGUGUGGGAAGAGUUUUACAAGAGAAGUAAGCCUAAAGAAUCAUCAAAGAGUACACACUGGAGAGAAACCUUUCCACUGCUCCACAUGUGGGAGGGGUUUCAGUGAGAAAGUAAAUCUUAAUAGACACGAGCGAGUACAUAGUGAAGAGAAGCCUUACCACUGCACCACAUGUGGGAAGAGCUUUAAUCAUUCAGGAAGCCUUAAGGAACACCAGAGAAUACAUACAGGGGAGAAACCUUACCACUGCACUGAGUGUGGAAAGAAAUUCCGUUUUGCAGGAGAUCUAAAGAAUCACCAGAGAUCACACAGUAGGGAGAAGCCUUACCACUGCUCUCUUUGUGGGAAGAGUUUCAAUCAACCCGGAAACCUAAAGAGUCAUCAGCGAAUACACAUAGAAGAGAAGCCUACCUGUACUGUCAAUGUGAUUAUCAAAGAGGAGGAGGGUGAGAGGGAAAUCAAUGAUAAGGUAAAGAGAGAAGUUGAGGAAAGUAAUAGUGUAGUUGACUCAGGUACAUCAAGACUACCUGGUCGUUGUCGUUACCCCUGCCCUCAAUGUGGGAAGAAUUUUAGUUCCUCAAGUAAUCUAAAGAAUCAUCAAAGAGUACACACUGGAGAGAAACCUUUCCACUGCUCAGCAUGUGGGAAGCGUUUCCGGGAGAAAGCACACCUUAAGAGACAUGAGAGGGUACAUAGUGGAGAGAAGCCUUACAACUGCUUCGAAUGUGGGAAGAAUUUCCGUGUGGAAGAUACUCUACAGAAACACCAGAGAAUCCACACAGGAGAGAAGCCUCACCACUGCUCUCUUUGUGGGAAGAGCUUUAAUCAUUCAGGAAGCCUUAAAGAACAUCAAAGAAUACAUAGUGGAGAGAAGCCUUACCACUGCUCUCUUUGUGGGAAGAGCUUCUAUCAUUCAGGAACCUUUAAGAAACAUCAGCAAAGACACAUUGGAGUGAAACCUACCUGUACUCCCAAUGUGAUUGUCAAAGAGAAAGAUGGUGACUGUACUCUCAAUGUGAUUGUCAAAGAGGAGGAUGGUGACUGUAAUCUCAAUGUGAUUGUCAAAAAGGAGGAUGGUGACUGUACUCCCAAUGUGAUUGUCAAAGAGGAGGAUGGUGACUGUAAUCUCAAUGUGAUUGUCAAAGAGGAGGAUGAUGACCCAGAUACAUCAAGACUACCUGAUUGUGGUCGUUACCCCUGUCCUCAAUGUGGAAAGAAUUUUAGUUCCUCUAGUAAUCUAAAGAAUCAUCAAAGAGUACACACGGGAGAGAAACCUUUCCACUGCUCUGCAUGUGGGAAGAGUUUCAGUGAGAAAGCAAACCUUAAGAGACAUGAGUGGGUACAUGAGAAGGAAAAGAGAGAAGUUGAGGAAGAGGAGAAAACUGGUGGUGUAGUUGACCAAGGUACACCAAGACUACCUGGUCGUGGGAGUUACCCCUGUCCUCAAUGUGGGAAGAGUUUCAGUUCCUUAGGUAAUCUAAAUAAUCAUCAAAAAGUACACACGGGAGAGAAGCCUUACCACUGCACCCAAUGUGUGAAGAGCUUCAGUGAGAAAGCAAACCUUAAGAGACAUGAGAUAGUACACAGUGGAGAGAAGCCUUACCACUGCACCCAAUGUGGGAAGAAUUUUCGUGUGGCAGAUACCCUACAGAAACACCAGAGAAUCCACACAGGAGAGAAGCCUAACCACUGCUAUUUUUGUGGGAAGAGCUUUGAUAAUUUAGGCAGCCUUAAGGAACAUAAAAAAAUACACAAUGGAGAGAAGCCUUACCACUGCACUCAAUGUGGGAAGAGCUUCAAUUACUCAGGAAAUUUUAAGAAACAUCAAAGAAUACAUAUUGGAGAGAAUCCUACCUUUACUCUCAAUGUGAUUGUCAAAGAGGAGGAGGAAGAUGGAAAAGAGAGAGAAGUUGAGGUCGAGGAGAGAGAAGUGAAGGAAGAGGCUACAUAAGCUAACUAGGAAAGGAGAGUUAUACCUCCUAUCCUUGCAAUGCUGUCUUCUGUGUCAAUAUGGGAUUGGGCAGCACCAUUGAGGGCGAUCUCCAUUUUAAAAUAGUCCAUAUCUUCUACUUCUAUGAGUGUAUUGGAAGGUAGCAAAUAAACUGAAAAGGUACAUACCACCACCUAUUUUGGUGGAGUGUGUAUAAUCUGAACAGGAUGCCACCUAAUGUGCUGCAGUGUGUACAGUCUGAACAGGUACAAAGCCAAGGUUGGUGAUUUACUGCUACUUGCAGUUAUGGAAUGUUAGCUCAGGACUAUAAUUCAUUGGUUAACUCCUUCUGCUGACCUGGAUGGAAUUAUACCUUCCUUCCUUAACCCACAGGAAGUCCCACCAUUUUGACUACUUCAAAAUGGUGAAAGUCCUCAAUGGUGCUGCUCAUUAGACAAUACAGUGGAAAAGCCUCACCGUUGCUCUCGUUAUAGAACAUCUCUUAUUCACUAAAGCAUGUGAUAUAUAUAUGUAUAGAAACUGCGUUCCAGGACACAGAUUCAUGCUCGGAGUUCAUUUGACCGUGGGUUGUCGACAAUGCAGCUUUUAAAGGCAAUUUCCGACUGUACGAACAUAUGCAACAUUUACCGUGAAUAAGAUGUACGCGAUAGUGGGAACAUUGCCUUUAAAAGUCGGAUUGAAUCCCAGCUUCUGUCUAGUCAUGGUAAAACGUUACAUCUUUCUUCCAUUUAUUUUCUUCCAUUUAGCAGAAGCUUUUAUCCAAAGUGAUUUAUUCUGGAUGCAUAGCACAAACAACACUAUCUAACACAUUAAAGGACCAAUCCCAAGUUGAACCAAUAACAAAGCGAGGCACCCUUUGGUAUAAAGCUUAGGGAUGGGCCUGGAGAAGUGUAACCACUUUCACAUUCAUAGACAGAGCUAUGGACUGACCAUUCAUGAUAUCAUAAUGAUCUGCUAUGGCAUGACCAUUCAUGAUGUCAUAAUGAUCUGCUAUGGACUGACCAUUCAUGAUAUCAUAAUGAUCUGCUAUGGACUGACCAUUCAUGAUAUCAUAAUGAUCAUUUUAAUCAUGUUUUGGGCUAUACAGGGUUUGUUUACAUUUACAAUGUUUCCAAACAUGGGAGGAAAACAAGCUUAUAUUUUGGGGUUCUAAUGGAGUGUGACAGUUGAAAUAAUCUCAUGAGGGAUUAUAAAUGAUACGUUUAAGAAUCAAUAGGGAUAUACAGUAUCAUUAAUUUAUAAGUCUAAAAAUGUAUGUUACAACUGCAGAUCGCCCCUUUAAACACUACAGUAUCAUAACAACAGUUCACAGUAACAGAGGUCAGAUAGGCCUACAGUUUACGUUGUUAAACAACAUCUCUGCUUUACUUUUUAAACUGAUGAGUGAGAUGUGUAAAGGCACAUUUGGAUCAUUAUUACACGUUGUACAAGGUCAUUGAUAAACUUAUCUCAAAUACAAUCUGCCCCGCCGCCUUCCUGUUUAAACGAGUAGUACAGCAUCAAUAGAGUAAUGCCCUGUGGGCUAUCCUAUUGAAUACAAAAUAUGUCCAUAGAAUCAUCCCACUGGGCACAGACGUCAGUUCAACGUCUAGUUUUAAUUCAUAUUUGGUUGUGAAUUCAACAAAACAUUUCACCAUGUCAUUGGAUUUAGGUCAAAAGUUUAGUGGGAAAAAAAUAAAAAAAAUCCCUUUUUAAAAAUCCGAUCAGUUUUCCACGUUGACUCAACGUCAUCGCAUUGACGUUUUUGGUUGAAAUGACGUGGAAACAACAUUGAUUCAACCAGUUUUUGCCCACUGGGUUUAUGACAGAAUUCAGACAUUCUUUUUUAAACUCAGGAAAAGGGCUGGUUUGGAUUGACAUCAGAAGUAAACAAUACGAGUGUAUUGUUAUGUCAUAAUCUGGAUGUAACCUGUGUGUAAAAUAUUGCCAAGUAUCCUUGAAUUAUAAAUGCAAACAGAAACUGUC